CCCCUUUGUUUUCCGAAAUCAACCAAUCAAGAGCAAGCACGCAAUUUUAUAAUAAUUUUUUUAUAAAUACAUCAAACUUUGCCAGACAACAGCUAAAUAAAAAUAUGAAAUAUUAACAGAAAAUCGUUCAAAAUUAGAGUGCAAAUAUUAGUAAGAAUUUCUAAGCAAAGUUUAGUUAUUAAAAAACAGUAGAACAUAAUGAAAGUCUUAGCUUUAGUUUUAUUUGUACAAAUUACUUUCUGUUUAUUGAGUUCUGUUCUGGCCGGUCGAGAUUUCUACAAAAUUCUCAAUGUACGUAAAUCGGCAACAACAAAUGAAAUAAAGAAAGCCUAUCGCAAACUUGCCAAAGAAUUACAUCCGGAUAAGAAUAAAGAUGACCCGGAUGCCUCGACAAAGUUCCAAGAUUUGGGGGCGGCCUAUGAAGUUCUCUCCGAUCCGGAUAAACGUAAGACAUACGAUCGAUGUGGCGAAGAAUGUCUGAAGAAAGACGGUAUGAUGGAUCAUGGUGGCGAUCCGUUUGCCAGUUUCUUUGGCGAUUUCGGUUUCCAUUUUGGUGGCAAUGAUCCCCAUCACCAUGACACCCCCAAGGGAGCGAAUAUUGUUAUGAACAUGUAUGUGACACUGGAGGAAUUGUAUUCGGGAAAUUUUGUGGAAAUUGUUAGAAAUAAACCGGUGUUGAAACCGGCUGCCGGUACACGUAAGUGUAAUUGUCGCCAAGAGAUGGUGACGCGGAAUUUGGGACCAGGCCGUUUCCAAAUGAUGCAACAAUUGGUCUGUGAUGAGUGUCCCAAUGUUAAGUUGGUGAAUGAGGAGAGAACUUUGGAAAUUGAAGUGGAGCCCGGUAUGGUUGACGGUCAGGAGACAAGAUUUGUUGCGGAGGGUGAACCCCAUAUGGACGGCGAUCCAGGAGAUUUGAUCAUUAAAGUUAUGCAGGCGCCACAUGAACGUUUCCAACGCAAGGGUGAUGAUUUGUACACUAAUGUCACCAUCAGUUUGCAGGAUGCCUUGGUUGGUUUCACCAUGGACAUUUUGCACUUGGAUGGCCACAAAGUUUCGGUGACGCGUGACAAAAUCACUUGGCCCGGUGCUCGCAUACGCAAGAAGGGCGAGGGUAUGCCCAACUAUGAGAACAACAAUCUACAUGGCAAUUUGUAUAUAACAUUCGAUGUUGAAUUCCCAAAGAAAGAUUUAGAUGAUACCGAAAAAGAAGAACUCAAAAAGAUACUGGAACAAGCCUCAAUAAAUCGCGUUUACAAUGGACUGUGAAAACUAAAAAAUACGUUUCUAGACUAAGAAGCCAUUAUCAUGAUUUUGUAAUAUCAUUCAUGUAAUUAAUUCUGUUUAUUAAACUACGUCCUAUUAUUCUCGAGAAUGCAACAAAGACUUAAAAAAAUAAAUAAAUAGAAAAGAAAAAAAGAAGAGCCAACAAACAAACACAAUUUAGUUUUAUAAAUUAGUUUGAUUUUAUUUAAAAAUGAAUGAAUAAAAGUAUUUUGUAAAAUAGUAAUUGUCAAUAAAAACAAUUUAAAUUCGAA